UCAACCAGCUGCCCUAAAACAUUAGGCCCCCCCCCCGCCCCCAAAUCUCACUCACUCACUCUCUCUCUCACACACAAAACGCACUAAUCGCCGCCGCAUUAUCAGCCGAUCUCAGAUAUGACAACGACGGCGGCGGCCCUUCACUCCUGUCUUCUCAUUCUCCUCCUCUCGCCUCUCCUCCCAUCAACAACCGCCGCCGCCAACGCAACCAAACACGACCUGGUCCGCCGGUCCUGCGUCCACGCCAGUUUCCCGGAAAUCUGCCUCCGCACGCUCUCCUCCUACGGCGGCGCCGCCAGCACCCCCCGCGAGCUGGCGCUUGCGGCGGUGAGGGUCAGCCUGGCCGACGUCCGGCGGGCGGCGGACUUCCUUGCCCAGCUGAAGGGCGACGGCCGGAGGGAGCAGGGCGCCCUGAGCGACUGCGUGGAGCAGAUGGGUGACUCGGUGGAGGAGCUGAGCAAGACCCUGACGGCGCUGCAGCACCUCCGCCGCGGCGGCGACUUCCAGUGGCAGAUGAGCAAUGCGGAGACGUGGGUCAGCGCCGCGCUGACGUACGAGGACACCUGCCUCGACGGAUUCAAGGAGAUCAACGGCGAGGUUCGGGCGGACGUCCACCGGAAGAUCACCAACGCCGCCAGGGUUACCAGCAACGCGCUUUAUUUCAUCAACCUUCUCGAUGACUAGCUUGUACACUCCGAUCUGCGGCGAUCCAGACAAAAUUACCCUUUUGCCCCUUUGAUUAAUUAAGCUAGAAUUAAUUAAUGCGCUCUUUGUUUAAUUAAGUGUGAUUAGCUUAUUAAUUAAUGCCCUUAAGCCCACUUUUGUGAAUCUCUGUCUACAUAUAUAUAGAAAUUAUAUUUAAGUUGAUAAUCGGUGUCUUCUUGUACUCGUGUCGGCACUUGCUGUUAAUUUAUUAAUCUUCUAUUUUAAAUUUAGCCCUAUAUUCUA